AUGGACAUCGAACAGCGCAUCAAAGCCUAUCGCUUCGUCGCCUAUGCGGCCGUCACAUUUUCGGUGGUCGCCGUGCUUUCUGUUUGUCUCACUCUACCGAUGGUCUACAACUAUGUAACUCAUGUGAAACGUCAGAUUAACACUGAUAUCACUUUCUGUCAGAGGACUGCCAAAGACAUUUGGUCUGAAGUAAAUGUUCUUGCUGUACAGCCAUCUUCGAACAGAACUGCCCGUCAUGCAUAUGCCACUGAUGAUGCUGGAGUGAACGGUGGUCAAACUGGUGGCGGUGGAUGCGCUGGAUGUUGUAAUCCAGGUCCCCCUGGAGCACCUGGAACUCCUGGUAAACCUGGUCGCAAUGGCAAGCAUGGAGCGCCCGGAAUCCCAGGAAAUCCCGGCCGCCCACCACAGACACCAUGCGACCCUCUCACGCCACCACCUUGCAAGCCUUGCCCAGCUGGACCUCCUGGACCACCUGGACCACAAGGAGUACCUGGAGAUCCAGGAACCGAUGGUCAACCUGGACAACCUGGUAACAGUGCAACACCUGGCCCACCUGGUCCCAAAGGACCUCCCGGUCCCGACGGUAGACCUGGUACACCAGGAGCUCCUGGACUACCCGGACAAGACGCUGCCUCGGAACCAGUUGCUCCUGGAGAGCCGGGACCUGCCGGAGAACCUGGCCCACAAGGACCUCCUGGACCUGAUGGCCAGCCUGGAUCUGAUGGACAACCAGGACAACCUGGACCUAAAGGACCUCCAGGACCUGAUGGACAACCGGGAGCUGAUGGAAAUCCCGGAGUCCCAGGAGAUCCCGGACCAUCUGGAGGUAGUGGCGAAAGAGGAAUCUGUCCGAAGUACUGCGCUAUUGACGGAGGAGUUUUCUUCGAGGACGGCACGCGCCGUUGA